UGCCCUUUCUAGGCCCCCUCCCCCCGGCGGGGGGUGGGGAGCAGAGAGGGCCCCGCCCCUCGCGCCCCCUUCCUCAGGGCCAGCGCAGGAUGCCCCCGGCCCCUGGCAGCCCCCCGGGAGGUCCUGAGCUCGACGCGCCCCCUCUACGCCAUGUCCCCCCCUGGCUCGGCCGCGGGAGAGAGCGCCGGCGGCGGCGGCGGCGGUGGCGGCUCCGGGGUCCCGGAGGAGCCCAUGGCAGCGGCGGACGAGGGCCCCGCCCGAGAGGAGCAACGUCCCAUCCAGCCCUCUUUCACCAAAUCUCUCUGCCGUGACUCCCACUGGAAGUGCCUCCUGCUCUCGCUGCUCAUGUACGGCUGCCUGGGGGCGGUGGCUUGGUGCCACGUCACCACAGUGACGCGCCUCACCUUCAGCAGCGCCUACCAGGGCAACAGCCUCAUGUACCAUGACAGCCCCUGCUCCAACGGCUAUGUCUACAUCCCGCUGGCCUUCCUGCUCAUGCUGUACGCGGUCUACCUGGUGGAGUGCUGGCACUGCCAAGCCCGCCACGAGCUGCAGCACCGGGUGGACGUGAGCAGCGUCCGGGAGCGCGUGGGCCGCAUGCAGCAGGCUACCCCCUGCAUAUGGUGGAAGGCCAUCAGUUAUCACUACGUCCGACGGACUCGGCAGGUCACCCGGUACCGAAACGGAGACGCCUACACCACCACCCAGGUCUACCACGAGCGCGUCAACACCCACGUGGCCGAGGCCGAGUUCGACUACGCGCGCUGCGGGGUCCGGGACGUGUCCAAGGCGCUGGUGGGGCUGGAGGGAGCGCCGGCCACGCGCCUGCGCUUCACCAAGUGCUUCAGCUUCGCCAGCGUGGAGGCCGAGAACGCGUACCUGUGCCAGCGGGCACGCUUCUUCGCCGAGAACGAGGGCCUGGACGACUACAUGGAGGCACGGGAGGGCAUGCACCUCAAGAACGUGGACUUCCGAGAGUUCAUGGUGGCCUUCCCCGACCCGGCCCGGCCGCCCUGGUACGCCUGCUCGUCGGCCUUCUGGGCCGCAGCGCUGCUCACCCUGUCGUGGCCGCUCAGGGUGCUGGCCGAGUACCGCACGGCCUACGCUCACUACCACGUGGAGAAGCUCUUCGGCCUGGAGGGGCCGGGCUCGGCCAGCAGCGCGGGCGGAGGCCUGAGCCCCAGCGACGAGCUGCUGCCCCCGCUCACGCACCGCCUGCCGCGGGUCAACACGGUGGACAGCACGGAGCUCGAGUGGCACAUCCGCUCCAACCAGCAGCUGGUCCCCAGCUACUCGGAGGCGGUGCUCAUGGACCUGGCGGGGCUGGGCGCCCGCUGCGGGGGGCCCGGGGGCGGGGGCUACGCCCCCACGUGUCGCUACGGAGGGGUGGGCGGCCCCGGCGCGGCGGGCGUGGCCCCGUACCGGCGGAGCUGCGAGCACUGCCAGCGGGCGGUCAGCAGCUCGUCCAUCUUCUCCCGCAGCGCCCUGAGCAUCUGCGCCAGCCCUCGGGCCGGCCAGGGGCCCGGAGCCGGUGCAGGGUGCGGGGGCAGCCGUUUCUCCCUCGGCCGCCUCUACGGCUCCCGGCGUAGCUGCCUGUGGCGCAGCCGGAGCGGGAGCGUCAACGAGGCGAGCUGCCCCACCGAGCAGACGCGUCUGUCCAGCCAGGCCAGCAUGCGGGAUGACGAGGAGGACGACGACGACGAGGAGGAGGCCGGGCCCCCGCCCCCCUACCACGACGCCCUCUACUUCCCUGUCCUCAUCGUCCAUCGGCAGGAGGGGUGCCUGGGCCACAGCCACCGGCCACUGCACCGCCACGGCUCCUGCGUGGAGACCUCACUGUGACCUCCCGCCCUUGGAGGGAGCCUGCGCCGUUCUCCCGCCUCCGCCCCUCCAAGGGUUGUGCUCCCUGUGUGUAGCAGGGGGAAGCAGGAUGGUGACUGAGGACGGGCGGGGGAUGGGGGAAGGCAGGGGGCGAGGGGCACGCCCAGGCAAGACCCUGGUGGUCUAAGACUCUGCUUCCCUGUACGCAGACAGAGGACGAGGGGUUGGCAGCUCUCUGAGAAUCCCACCCACCGGGGCCGAGGUGGCUCUCUUCCGGUCCCCACCGCGUUCCUACCGGAACACCUCUUUUUCCACGGACACUCGAGAUUUCCCGCCCAGGCUUUCAUCGAGUCUUGACUGUUACUAGGCAACUAUGAUGUGGGACCAGUUUUUUGUUUUUUUUUUUUUUUUUUUUCUUUUUUGGCCUCUCCACUAAGGGAGUCACCGUGGCCACAGGAAGGGCAUUUGACGCUUUUUUGUUUGUUUGUUUGUUUAUAACCUCGCUCCACCUGGGCCCCCGUGGAGGGGGGCGGGCGGGCGGUGGUUUGGUGAAGAGCAAGCGGCAGGGCUGGCUUCCAGCCAGCUACUGAGUUCACCGGGUCUGGGGUGGGGCCAGGUGGCAGCCCAGUAUGCCCCUCCACGCCUUGCAAAAGUUCUGACGCUGCCUCGGGGAAAGCUUGGCGGUUCCUUGCUGCCACUCCCACCACUGUUGUUUAUCUCACUGGGCCCCAGAGGUCCGGUCCUGGAGGGACCUAUCAUCACGGCAAUGACGUCACUCACCUCGGGCUUCCUGGCUCUGAAGGGCUGUUGUCAGGGUGCGGGGCGAGGAAGGGAAGCUGGGGAGGGCAUGCCUGACCCGUUCAGCCUCCCAGCAAUCAGCUGCUCCCUCCCCUGGGUUCUGGGUAGGUGCUUCCGUUAAGGAGGCCAAGGUGCCAGCCCGGAGGCCCUGUUAAAGCAGGCCGGGGUGAGUUACCAAGGGGACGGAGCUUGAGACACACCUUGGUGUCAAGCGAACUCACUCAGGAGGCAGGCGGGAGGAGGAGCAGGGUUAGCAGUGGUCGGUAGAACGAAGCCAGCUCGCCAGCUCUGAAGGUGUGGCGGGGCGUGCUGUAGCUUUAGGUCUUGCUGAGGUAGUGCGUCCCUCACACAUGCUCGGUGGAGCCAUCAACAAACCCUAGCUGGAGAUACUUAAUUCCAGUGGCAGGAGUUGGGUUCUUGCCAGACCCUUCACUUCCUUUUAUCUAGGUCUUCAAAGGGGCGUCCUGCCACAGCCCCAGGACACCAACCCCUGUCCUGUCCCUUCAAAGCUUUGACCCGACUCUGCUCUCCCUCUCCCCACGCUCCCUUACCCCCACCCCCACCCCACUGUGCUUCGUUGUGCAUGUCUGUGUCCGGCCCCUUGCUCUCCCAAGCUGCCCUGGCUGAAGUUUUCCCAGCAGACUUAGCACCCAGGGAUUGGGCUGCCAUCCAGGCAGUCUUCCUCCUUCUGCUUCUUGCUUUGCCUUCGCUGUCAGAACUCUAUCUUCCUGGCCUCCCCUGGCUGUAUCAACGGGGGAAGUUGCCCCCACUUAUGCAACAACUCUGGCUCCCCUUCCCUUCUUCCCAGGGGGAUACGGGAAGCCCAUAUUGUGGGGGGUGCCAUGAUCUAUGGCUCAAAUGGGGGGGGGUGAGCUUUCUAACCAUAUGGAGAUGGUUGGGUGAGGAGGAAGGGGUGUCAGAGGGGAAUGGGUUUGGGCAGAAGGGAUCAUCACAGCUGCCCACCAGGUUUCCUGGGCGGCAGUAGCCACUGGCCUGCCAGCACUGAACCCUCCCGGACACUGAGUGUGGGCUCCUCGUCUGUGGGUGGGUGGCUUGGUUGUUGGAGCACUCUACUUUUCCCGGAGCAGACAUCUGUUGACGCACAGGUGGUGGGGGAGCUGUGGCCUGAGGCCCCAGUUCUUGGCCAGCUGGCACCGGAAUAUCUUGUUCCCAUUUAGGGUCAGCCUGGCCACCUCACCUCUCCAAGGAGGGAAGGACUUGGCUCACUCUCCUUCAUGCUGGGUCCAGUGACAGAGCUUGGCCUCCGGAGAGGAGGAGGGGAAGCCUUGCUAUUGUUUUUUGUUUUUUGUUUUUUGGUUUUUUUUUGCCUGACCAUUUCUGCCUAGGUCAUCUUGCACAGACAGCUCACCUCCCACACACGCACAGACUUAAGAGAGAAAGCAAUUCUUUGGUCUCUUUUCUUGGUAGCUUUAUUGAUUGCCAGGGAAAAUGAAAACCAGAAAAUUAAUUAAUCUCUAAAAUUAAACUUUACACUG